AAUAAGCUGAACAGACUCUGACCACUGGCUUUCAACUCACCAAAACUUUCUACCUACUUUUCCUUUUGUGGCCCAUGUGCUACAUCCUCUGCCCUCAGUGUGCAACUGGCCCCCAACGCAAUGUGUGUUUGUCAAACCAUGGAAGUGGGGCAGUAUGGCAAGAACGCAAGUCGGGCUGGAGACCGGGGAGUCCUCCUGGAGCCCUUCAUCCACCAGGUGGGCGGACACAGCAGCAUGAUGCGCUACGACGACCACACUGUGUGCAAACCCCACAUCUCCCGCGAGCAACGCUUCUAUGAAUCCCUUCCGCCUGAAAUGAAGGAGUUCACUCCUGAGUAUAAAGGCGUGGUGUCUGUCUGUUUUGAGGGAGACAGUGAUGGUUACAUCAACCUGGUGGCCUAUCCUUAUGUGGAAAGUGAGACUGUGGAGCAAGAUGACACACCAGAGCGGGAGCAGCCGCGGCGCAAACACUCCCGCCGGAGUCUUCACCGGUCGGGCAGUGGCAGUGACCACAAGGAGGAAAAAGCCAGCCUGUCCCUUGAGCCCAGUGAGAGCUCCCAGGAGGCAAAGAGUCCAAAGGUAGAGCUACACAGCCACUCAGAUGUCCCCUUCCAGAUGCUGGAUGGCAACAGUGGUCUGAGCUCUGAGAAGAUCAGCCACAACCCCUGGAGCCUGCGCUGCCACAAACAGCAGCUGAGCCGCAUGCGCUCUGAGUCCAAGGACCGAAAGCUCUACAAGUUCCUUCUGCUGGAGAAUGUGGUGCACCACUUCAAGUACCCCUGCGUGCUGGACCUGAAGAUGGGCACCCGGCAGCAUGGCGAUGACGCAUCUGCUGAGAAGGCAGCCCGACAGAUGAGGAAGUGCGAGCAGAGCACAUCCGCUACACUGGGUGUCAGGGUUUGUGGCAUGCAGGUAUACCAGCUGGACACAGGGCAUUACCUCUGCAGGAAUAAGUACUAUGGCCGGGGGCUUUCCAUCGAAGGGUUCCGCAAUGCUCUCUACCAGUACCUGCACAAUGGCCUGGACCUGCGACGUGACCUCUUUGAGCCCAUCUUGAGCAAACUUCGGGGCCUCAAAGCUGUGUUGGAGCGGCAGGCUUCCUACCGCUUUUACUCCAGCUCGCUGCUGGUCAUCUAUGAUGGAAAGGAGUGCCGGCCCGAGCCCUUUCAGGACCGCAGGUCCGAGAUGCGUCUCAAGCACCUGGACAUAGGGCUCCCAGAAGUGGCAUCACCGUGUGGCUCCAGCACCAGCCCUGGCAGCACCAGCCCUGAGGCAGGCCCCCCCUCUCCUCCCAAGGUGGAUGUCCGCAUGAUCGACUUUGCACACAGCACGUUCAAGGGUUUCCGGGAUGACCCCACCGUGCAUGAUGGGCCAGACCGAGGCUAUGUAUUUGGCCUGGAGAACCUUAUCAGCAUCAUGGAACAGAUGCGGGACGAAAAUCAGUAGGCCCAGCUAUGGGCGCCCAGAACCCCUUCUUCACCCACAGGCAGGGACCAUCGCUCUGAACUCACCGUGAGGACACACAGACUUUGCUUUUAAAGGGUUAUAUUUCUCUUUGGUGUAAACUAAAAGAAAUGUUUUUAGCUGUAGCCUGGAAUCCAUAUAUAUGCAGUGAAGGAGGGCAGCACACAUAUCCUCUCAGCCAGGGCUCCU